AAGACCGCCCCGGGGAACCACAGGUUAGGCCAUCGGCAGCAGACGCUGCGGCCAAGAGACUACCCGAAGAUGCAUCGUCACCAUGGGCGCGUGCCGGAGUACUUUUGCGAUUGCUGCCAUAAGGACUUGACGCGGGAGCCGCGGGCAAGAUGUGUUGAAUGCAAAAACUAGUAAAUAACUCCCAUCUGCUUCACCUCUCUCCAGUCUGCUCACAAUCGAACCGUAGUGACCAAUGCCUCGACUGCCUAAUCCUCGGCGAAACGACACUACGCCACCGGGUCUCUCACUCGGUAAACGUGAUAACCUCGCACAUCGCCACGGCGCCGAUCCUAAUGGGGGGCGAUAUGCAACCCACCGCGCUCCUCGAAAAACUAAUCGACGCCGUCUUCAACUAUAUCGACAGCACGUUCCCACCACGGCACACCUCGCUUCUCGAGCCAUCAUCGCUCUCCGCCUUCUACAGCAGCGUCGGCGUCUCCUCGAGCGACAACCUCUUCCGCUCCGCGGACGAUGACAGUCUAACACGCGAGUUCACACGGGCGGGGUGCGAAUUCCACCUGGUAUCGAACAGUGCGGACGCGAUCGCGGCGCGGGCGAAGCCGUGGGCGGCCGACCACCUAGACACCACGCCGCGCGCGCCAGCGCUCACCCGCAAUGGCUGGUGCAGGUGGUUCGUCCUGCUGUGCUGGAAAGACCCCGAUCUCGCCCACUUCGUCUUGUGCAACUCCCUCGCCACGGGAAAGGUCUAUAGCAAGCGCAAGGGAGAGCCCUACAGACUUAGUUUUCCACGAGAGAGCUUGCCGCGCUUGCAGCAGGUCCCUGCGCCCCCGCCGCCCGCUAUGCCCCGCGCUCCAGGGAGGAGGAGGAGUGUGGGCGCUGCUGGCGCGGGGACGAGGCCGGCGAGUCGUGGGCCGUGAGGGGUGUGAUGUGUGAUGUAUACUUAUGAACUGAACGAACUACCUGCAAGAUGAUCAUGUAUGAUGAGGUUACGGCUGUGUUUUAUUAUUUAUAUUAUACCCACGAAUUACGAAUACUAUACAUAAAAGCUCGGCUUUCCGUUUCUUUCGUUUCGUUUCUUUCGUUUCUUUCCUUGCCUUGCACGCAGACUGCAGUCAUCUCAUCUCAUUCCCAUAUCUGUCCCAUGUCUGCCUGUCUGUCUGGUCUGGUCUGUCUCAUCGCUUCAAUGUCUCAUGUCUCACUCUCACUUUGAAAAACAUUAUCCAUUUCCAAUCCGCCAAUAGAUGGCCUCCCUAGGUACUUACAAUACACAAAGACAACAGAAAAAAAGGCUUU